AUGCAUAGUCUUAUGUUGGAGAAAUAUAAUGCCUCUCGUCGUCCCGAGGAAAUGUUCGAGUUAGAAUCUGCACAGUCGGGCCAGUCCCAAGCUAAUGCAGAGGAGUCCUACAUCUCACAGCACGAUAACCCGUUCAAACUUUCACCUCUGGAUAUCGCAAAAACAUAUUAUACAGGACCACCUACUCCAGAUGUAGCAGCUAAUGGGGAGUUGGUAGUUCAAGAGGAGAUACCCAGCUUCUACGGAUUUGGGAACUCUCCAAGAUCUACCGGAGGAGCUUGGAUUGCCCGCAUUACCGGCGUGGCGUAA